AAUCGAGCCGCCCCCCUCGCAAACCCCUCAACCCUCCUCCUCGCCGCCGCCGCCGCCGCCGCCGGCUGCUCUGCUCCGCCGCAGCCAUGGGGAAGUUUCGCAAGCUCGGCCGCCACGCCGCCCACCGAGUCUCCAUGCUCAGGACGAUGGUGUCGCAGCUGGUGAAGCACGAGCGCAUCGAGACCACCGUCGCGAAGGCGAAGGAGGUGCGGCGCAAGGCGGAUCAGAUGGUGCAGCUCGGGAAAGAGGGCACAUUGGAUGCAGCAAGACGUGCUUCUGCUUUUGUUCGGGGAGAUGAUGUUGUCCAUAAGCUGUUUACAGAGCUGGCCUACCGUUACAAGAAUCGAGCUGGUGGGUAUACCAGACUAUUGCGAACUAGAAUACGAAUUGGUGAUGCUGCACCGAUGGCGUACAUUGAGUUCGUUGAUAGGGAAAACGAACUUCGAGAAGCCAAACCUGCAGUACCACAGCCACCUCAGCGGGCUCCUCUUGAUCCCUGGGCCAAGUCUCGUGCUAGCCAACAGUGGGCGGGACCUAAAAUCAGCGAAGGCUCCAGAAAAGAAGGCUUAUGAGAAUAAUAUCUAUGUUGUGUUAUUCCUUGAGAGUAUUCAUUUUUCCAUGGCUACCAGGCACACAAGCUUGUCAUGCUGGAGGUGUAUUGUCACGAGAUAAUUGUCAAUAGAAUAAUUUGAACUUAGGCUGCUUUCCAUUUAGCCUGACCCUCGUGAGAUGUAUCAUGUAUGCUUGCAAUUCAUUUGUUGAGAAAUGAAAUGCAGAACUAUCCUGUAGAUUUGAGUGUAGGUGAGGCACUUGAUUUGAUUUCCUAUAGCUGACGUAUACGAAUCCCCUUGCGAAUUGAUGCGUGUUGAGAAUAUGCU